CUUAAAGCUUGGCACUCUGUCUUUCCCCUCCCUCCACACCACAACCCACUCUAUCUCAUACAUCCAUCAUUUCCCUCCUCUCAUUCAGCAUUCAGAAAUAAUUGUCCCAAACAAUCUUAGCUAGAUAUACAUACCUUACAUACAUCAAACAGAUAAAAGAAUCUUUUAUAUGUACCCAUACACAUAUGCCUAGCUACCUAGCCAGAGGCUAGCUUGAUAGUUAGUUAUUUUCAUUCAUUUUAGGCUAAGCUAUAUAUAUAUCAUCAUCAUGAGCAGGACAAUGGAAGGUAGCAACAAUGGUGGCAGUCUCAACUUUCCCCUGCAAUUGCUUGAGAAAACAGAGGAUAUUUUUUCACUGUCAAAUCUGUCAUCCUCCUCUUCUUCUGCUUCUCAAGUGAUAACCCUGCAACAAGAUUCAAACAAGAAGCCUCUGGCUAAGAGGGCUUCCACUAAGGACCGCCACACUAAGGUGGACGGCCGUGGACGGCGGAUCCGCAUGCCGGCGACCGCCGCCGCCCGGGUUUUCCAGCUCACUAAGGAAUUGGGUCACAAGUCAGACGGAGAGACCAUCGAGUGGCUCCUCCAGCAGGCUGAGCCGUCGGUGAUCGCUGCCACCGGGACCGGGACCAUUCCGGCGAACUUCACUUCCCUCAACAUCUCCGUCAGAAGCUCCGGGUCAACCAUGUCGGCGCCGUCGCACAUGAGAAAUCUCAACAGUUACUUGCACGGGUAUUCCCAUCUGAGGCUAAUGGAAGAGUCCCAGCGGCGGAUAAUGCUCGGGUUGUCGUCGGAUUACUCCUCUGCCGCGGCGGCGGCGUUGAAUUUCGGGUUUUGUAGCAAUAAUAGCGGCGACGAUGUGAGCGUUGCAUUGUUUCCGGCGAAGCAGGAGGGGGAUCGGCAUCCGCCGGCGUUUCAGAACUACAUGUCAGGAAACUAUAUGAUGCAGUCAAGCUCCGGGUGCAUUCCGGCGAGUCAGGGCCAGUUUCCGGCGACGACGACAUUGCUCAGAAUGGCAAGUAGCAAUAAUCCGACGACUACCAGCGGUCAAAUGAUGUCCGGUCAUGAACCCUGUUUGUGGGCCCUGCCUGCCAGUAUCGGCGCUGGCCCAAAUAACGGUGGACUGCAUUUGAUGAACUUUUCGAUGCCGGUCGCGGCAGUGAGCGGCGGCGGCGGUACGGCGGGGGAAGGGCAGCCGACGGGGAUGUUUGGGUUUAGGUCAAUGGAAGAUAGCCGGUAAUUAAUUAAAGUAAUAACAGUCGACAUUCUUGCCUUUCCAAGUAAUAAUUGUAAUCAAAUCAGUCAAGGAAUAACGAUGUAUGGAUUGAAUUGCUAUUUUUGCGUUAUGUUCCCUUCCUCUAAAUCAGAGCUACCAUUUAGGGCUUCUCCAACUAUGUGUGCCCUUUUUUGGCCAAAAUGAUGUAAACAUUCUAUAUCAAACAAUAUUUUGAUUCCAACAAUUUAGAUUGUUUUUAUUACUACUACAAAUAUUAUUAUUGAUGUGUACACUUCAUUUUUCUUGCA